CACCUGCAACGUGAAGCUCUUCUAUGGAAGAGAAACGACGCAAGUACUCGAUCAGCAGUGAUAACUCAGACACCACUGACAGUCACACCACGUCCGCCUCCAGAUGCUCCAAAAUUCCAAAUACCAAAUCCGCCUGGUCACGGCAGAAGGAGAAGAAGCCCUCUGAGGUUUUCCGUACGGAUCUGAUAACGGCCAUGAAGAUCCCCGACUCCUUCCAGCUGAGCCCCGACGAGUACUACGUCCUGGCUGAUCCCUGGAGGCAGGAGUGGGAGAAGGGUGUCCAGGUGCCAGCAAGCGCUGAGGCCAUCCCCGAGCCUGUGGUCAGGAUCAUACCCCAGCUGGAGAACUCGCCUUCACAGGUUUCACCAAGUAGCCUGCCCGGCUCCGAGAUUUCGGAAGCUACGAGGACUUACUUGCAAGGAGUGAGCCGCUAUGACCUGGACGAGCUUGAUGCUUACUGGUUGGAGCUUGUUAAUAUGGAGCUCAAGGAGAUGGAAAAGCCCGAGCUGGAUGAGAUCACCCUGGAGCGAGUGCUGGAGGAGCUGGAGACCAUGUGCUACGAGAACAUGAACAUCGCCAUCGAAACGGAGGAGGGUUUGGGCAUCGAGUACGACGAGGACGUGGUGUGCGACGUCUGCCGCUCGCCGGAGGGGGAGGACGGCAACGAGAUGGUCUUCUGUGACAAGUGCAACGUCUGCGUGCACCAGGCGUGCUACGGCAUCCUGAAGGUCCCCAUCGGGAGCUGGCUCUGCCGGACCUGUGCCCUCGGGGUCCAGCCAAAGUGUCUACUGUGCCCCAAGAGAGGAGGAGCGCUGAAGCCCACCCGGAGCGGGACGAAAUGGGUCCACGUUAGCUGUGCCUUAUGGAUACCUGAAGUUAGCAUUGGAUGUCCUGAAAAAAUGGAACCCAUUACGAAGAUCUCACAUAUCCCAGCAAGCAGAUGGGCUUUGUCCUGCAGCCUCUGCAAGGAGUGCACUGGGACGUGUAUUCAGUGCUCCAUGCCCGCCUGCGUCACCGCGUUCCACGUCACCUGCGCCUUUGACCACAACCUGGACAUGCGGACUAUUCUAGCAGACAACGAUGAAGUGAAGUUCAAGUCCUUCUGCCUUGAGCACAGCACCGGUGCCACCAAGUUGCCCGAGGAGGCACGGACAGAGCCCGACCAAGCCCAGCUGGACUUGGAGAAGGUCACGCUGAGGAAGCAGAAGCUCCAGCAGCUGGAGGAGGACUUCUAUGAACUCGUGAAGCCUUCGGAGGUGGCAGAGAAUCUUGACUUAAGCGAAUCACUGGUAGAUUUUGUCUACCAGUACUGGAAGCUGAAGAGGAAAGCAAAUUCCAACAAACCGCUGCUGACACCAAAAACGGAUGAGGUGGACAACUUGGCCCAGCAAGAACAGGACGUUCUCUACCGACGCUUAAAGCUCUUCAUGCACCUCAGGCAAGACCUGGAGAGGGUUAGAAAUCUCUGUUACAUGGUGACGAGACGGGAGAAAAUGAAACACACCAUUUGUAAACUCCAGGAGCAGAUCUUCCAUCUCCAGAUGAAGCUUAUUGAGAAAGAUCUUUACCCAGAACAAACUGGGAAGAAGACAAAGGGUAAGAAAAGUGACCCGAGAAGGAAAGGAAGAGAUGGUAGAAAAAAUAGUCCUGAGAAGAAAGAGAAAAGGAAAUCAGUCAACGAAACUGUGUUGGGACAACUGGGCUUGUCAACCUCCUUCCCCAUCGACGGGACCUUCUUCAACAGCUGGUUGGCGCAGUCGGUCCAGAUCACCGCCGAGAACAUGGCGAUGAGCGAGUGGUCCCUCAACAACGCCCACCAUGAGGACAGCACCCCCGGCCUCUCCGAGGAGCUCCUCCAGGACGAGGAGACCUUGCUGAGCUUCAUGAUGGACCAUUCCCUCCGGUCCCCGUUCAAGCAGAGCGAGGCCACCAAGAAAGUGAAAAGCAGAACGAGAACGAACACUAAGAAAAAGCUGCCCAGGAGCAGCCCCCCAGCCCUGGGUGGAAACCACCCGGAGAGCUCAGAGCCCUGGACUAACAACGCCAGCGACUUGUCGGAUGAUGCCACCAAACCCUUGGCUCCCGAUUCCAGACCGGGCAAGUCGGAGAAAGCUGGGGUGAAGCUUCCUACCGACCGCAAAGGCUCGGGGGAGGCAAAAAAGGCGGCCAAGAAGGGUUCUCUGCCCAAAGCCGGCGAGUCUCACCCCCCGGCCGGGGCCAGGGGCUGCCUCAGCAUGGAAGAGGAGGAGGAUGAGGAGGAAGAGGAGGAGACGCCGCGCUGCGCUCAGCCGGAGCCCAGCCCCAAAGUGCCUGACUCCGUAGGUAGCCCCAAAACCCUGGUGCGGUUCAAAUUACCAAAGGAGAGCCGAGGGGCUCGGCGGGGGCAGCCCCCCAAGGCCGAGGGCGCCGGCGGAGCCUCCUUGCGCCGUUUCGAGGCCGAGACGGACGGCUACUUCUCCGACGCAGAGAUGAGCGACUCGGAUGGGGAGCCCCGGGGCGGCAGGGCCCAGCGAGGCCAGCUGGAUGCUGCCGGCGAGGACAUCGUCAGGAUGAGCAUCCUGGCCUCCUAACUCCUCCUUCGGCCCCCCGCCGGCUCCACGAGGCCUCGAACCCCAGUCACAACUGCCAUGUCCAAUUCCUGCCUGGUGUCACAGCUCAAAAGGGGGAUUUUUAAUACGUGUAUAUAGUUGGAAAUUCGGCACUGUUGUCUUUUCUCUUCUCUAUACGCCCGAAAUCCAGCUUCAGCUUCACCGACAUCGAUGACCCUGACAGCAGUGGGCCCUCCCUGGCUUCCCUAAUUUUCCCCCCACCCCCAUCCUUGCUUCCUGGGAACACCGAUGCCAGGGGGGAUGCCGAGAGGGUGCCGGUACCCGUGCUUUCUGCAGGGAUGAUAGUUUAAUUAAUGGGCAUUAUUUAACGAGGGGCAGAUUUCCGCCCGGGAUGGUUGCCCCCGGAGCAGGGAGGGUACGGUAGUGACCAGCUGCAGGGGGGGGGAAAUCAACACCCGCCUGCCUGCGCGUAUACGAGGAGGCAAAAUAAGAGAUACUAAAAUAAAUAAUGACUAAAGCACAAAAAGCUUAUUGGAGGAAAGCGCUUGGGGUGGAAGAGAGCAAUGUUACGUUUCUAUUUUUAGGAAAAAAAAAAAAGAAAACAACCAACCAACCACACCCUCGGGGAUUAUUUUUCCCCUCACCUUUCCAUCCGGUCGGGAUCCGUCCAGGGGCCGGGAUGCAGAAUUUCUCCCCGUCCCUGCCCCGUGGGAUGCUCUGGGGCCAUCAGGAAAACCCAAGUGAUUUACUCAGGUGAAUCGAUCAGUGAGUUUGCGAGCUGGGAAAUGGGAAAUGCGGGGCAGGACGGAGGAGAAAAGCAUCCUUUUAAAAGCAGGGUGAGGAGUCGGGGGUGGUUUAACCCCGGAGGUUGAGUGAAGUUUCUUCUGCCCCUGCUUCUCUCCCGUGGUCCCACCGUGAAAUAAAUCCCCUUUGCACAACAAAAUCCUUAGCCCCGAGGGUAAAUGUACUGUCACGAGGGGAAAUGGAAACGCUUGCCUUCGCCAUUCUGUUUUCCUACUAAACGCUACAAUGGAAAAUGGUGAAUUUAUUCCUCCCCAUCCUUUUUUUUUUUUUUUUAAUUAUUAUUCUUAUUCUUAAAUCCUGGUUCCAAGCUGUUGACUUGUUGUGGGAGGGUGAUUCACAGAAGCUGACAUUAUAAAUAUUACAAUAAUUUAAUGCAUAAAAUGUCCCCAAUAAGCCUUAAAUGUUGUUUAAAAGCCCAUGUUACCUACGAGUCAGGCGAAUUUCCAUGUUUGCACUUAAUUGCACCAUUACUUCGGUUUUGGCUUCAAAGGUCACAGUUAAGUCGUGCUACGUGUUUUAUUGGAGUGACCCCAGUGUGAGCUCAGGGAACAAAAAAAAAAAAAAAAGGAAUUCACUGAAACUUUUGUUGUUGUUGUUUUUUAAAAAUAAAAAAUGUUUUAAAAAAAAAAAACUAAAAAAAAAAAUAUAUACAAACCAAACCUGGGACACUUCUGCAACCGGUUAAACCCACCACUAAACAAAAAAAACCCUGCAAUUAUCAAACCAAUCAGUCAAAUAAUUUUGUGGAUGCCAAAGAAUAUUUUGACAGUCAAGCAGCACAGCCAGAAACCGGAAACUUGUCAUUACGGAAAAAAAAAAUAAAAAAAAUUAAAAAAAAAUAAAAAAAUUGGAAGUUAUUUAGCAACAAAGGACUAAAGACACAACUCAUAACACACUGCUGCGGCGUUAGGUUCCAAGCUUGCUCCGAGGGAUGCUGCUGCUCCGAGACCGCAUCCUGCCGUUUUGAUUUUCCGAUGCUUUUUGCUCAUUUCACUGUGAGCUUUUCUGUUUUUUUGAAACUCUGGAGACUCCUUCGAUCGACGUUUUUUAGAGUAGUUCAUCUCUCUCUUAUCAGCCUUCCAAAGUCCUUAUUAGUGAUGAAAUUGCAGCAGAGAUGGGCGACGGCCAGCCCAGCUCACCCCAGGCCUCGGCGAGCGGUGGGGAUUUUGGGGGGGUCGGACACCCAGCUCCCGGCCCCAGCUGAGCCCCACAUGAGCCCAGCUGAGACUGACCCUGCCUGGGAGGGGGUGGGAAAAAAAAAAUCUUCCUCAGAUGGGAGAAAUGUUAGCAGGAAAAAAAAA